AUGAUGAAGUUUUUCAUGUUGACGAAUAUUGGUGUUGCAUUCUUAACGACAUUCUAUUACUUGAUGAUAUUUACGUGGACUCAAGAAACGUCGUAUCUCUUCGAUAUACACGUUCAUGGUCUUGCUGGAUACCUAGCGGCUGUAAGCGUAGCUGUAAAGCAAAUAAUACCUGAUCAUUUGCUGAUAAAAACGCCUCUAGGUAAACUAACAAAUCGAUCUCUUCCACUCCUGAUUUUAAUAUUAGCUAUUAUUUUCUGGGCUGUGGGCGCCUUGGAGGGAACUUAUCCCUGUAUGUGGGGAAGUGGUACAUUGCUCUCUUGGAUAUAUCUAAGGUUUUGGCAGCGCCACAGCAAUGGCUCGAGGGGUGAUAUGGCUGAUAAUUUUAGUUUUGAUAAUUUCUUCCCAACAGUACUUCAGCCUGUAGUACGAGGUAUUAUAAGCCCGGUACACCGAUGCUGUGUCAGAGUAGGCAUUUGUUCUCCAAGUCAACGUAGAGUGCACUUAGCUUUGAGUCCAAGAGGCGUCACCAUAACAAUGCCUGGAGUAGAGCCACAGGAUAUGGAGAGGCGGCGGCAAAUAGCACUUAAAGCUUUAAGUGAGAGAUUAUCCAAAACAUCUGAACAAACAAGGCAGAAGAACUUAUCAACAAAAGUAAAUAUAGACUCUGUAAGAAAAAUGCAGUCAUCACAUGUAAUUCCAUCAUUCCCAGCCGAGCCAGAAGCAAGUCCAGCACCUGCCGAGGCUACAUUAAUAGAUAUUGGUGCAGAGGCCCCACCCACUACUAAAACGUCAUGA